AUGUAAGCUUUGUUGAUAUUGACAUUAAUUCUGGGUCAUCCAUUUUUGGCAAAAGUUCUUAAUAAAUAUACAAAGAAUUAUUUCUAUAAAAAAAAUUGUACUACUAUUUAUAUUUUUUAUAUAAAACGAAAAAAAAUGCUUAUGGAGUUAAUUAGGAUCUUAUUUCCAAAUUAAAUAUUACUAAAUCAUAUUAUAAUUUCACUCUUAAAAUAUGGAAUUUAUGAUUGCUUUGAAGAUGGAAAUGAACUCAAUCAAUAUUUAAUGAUAGAAUAAGUUUAAAAAUUUUAAAUAUAAUGA